AUGGCCCUCAUCCACAUUUCCAUCGCCUCCGACCCGGUGUGCCCAUGGUGCUACAUCGGAUACCGCCGCCUCACGCAAGCGAUCCGCCUGUACCGCAAGACCUACCCCGGAGGGGGCCAGGACACGAUCCGAAUCACCUGGAAGCCUUAUAUCCUCGACCCGAAUGCCUCGAUGGAGAGUAUCCCCUACAUCGACCGAAUGACCCAAAAGCUCGGGGCCGACAAGGUCGCCGGCGCGCAAGCCCACGUCCUGCGUCUGGGUCGUCCGGACGGUAUACACUUUCGAUUCGGGGGCCGCAUCGGAAGCACCAUUCGCGCGCAUCAGGUCAUCAUGCUGAGCGAGCUGCACGAUUCGGAACGGUUCAACGGGGACGCAGCGACAGCAGCAGCAGAGGCGGGUGCAGGCACGGCAGCGCUGGUCGAGGCGCUCUUCGAGGCGCACUUUGAGCGGGAGGAAGACAUCACUGAUGUUGACACUUUGGUGAGACUGGCUGUGCAGGCGGGAAGUGGGUUGGAUGCACGAUCGGUUCGCUCAUGGUUGGAGGAGGGGCGCGGGGUGGAGGAGAUCACGCAGGAGGCGCAGAGGGCUCGCGAUGGGGGGAUCCAGGGGGUCCCGUUCUUUCAGUUCGGAGACGGGGAUCGACAGCUCACGCUGAGUGGGGGCCAGGAGGUCGCGGAAUUUCUGCAGGUCUUGAUUGCGUAUAAGGAGGGGUUGGAUGCGACUACCCCGCCGAACAUGGGAACAGGUGGUUGCACGGAGAUCUCGUGCUGA